AUGUGUAUAGUUAACGGGAAAUGGCCAAUAAUUCUUAUUCCACCGGGGUUGCUCUCUUGGCAAAGUUUGAACGCGAGAGAUUGCAGUAAUUUCAGCGGCGUGGGUCACCAACUCUCCGCAACGCGCCUCCUGUCGUCCCCCGACGGCUCCAGACACCACCCCCUCGACGGCCUGGAGCAGAUCUGGCCCUGGAACGACUCCUAUUCGAGCCUGCACCGAGACACGUAUACGGAAGUGAGGACGCCGCGACGCCCCCGCCUGACGUGGGGUUGUUUCCAGGCGUGCAGGGCGCGCAUCCACCACAGCAUCGCCAAGAGAAAGGUCGAUCAGGGACUCCGCCUGUACAACCAACACAAACAGCAGCAGGCGGUGCGCAAAUGGAAGUCGGCUCUCAAGGCGAUCAGAAAAAGGGAGGACAAGUUCACCCUCCUGGGGUACCUCUACCAGGCGUACAUGGACUGGGGGAAGUACAGAGACGCUUUGGAGUACGCCCAUCGACAACUCUUUAUUUCUGAAGAAUUGGACAGUCCCAACAUGAGAGCCGAAUCCUAUUUGAACCUCGCCAGAGCCCACCAGCGAUUGGGUGGUUUGGAAAGAGCUUUGGCUUACGCGCGACACUCCCUCUACAACGAAUGCGAACAGCACGCCACUGCCGGGCACGUCCACCUCACCGUGGGCUCGGUCUACCUGGAGUUGGCCGGAUUCAACAAGGCCCUCGACAGCUUCCAACACGCUCACAGGAUCGCACAGGCGGUACACGAUCCCGCCUUGGAGUUACAGGUGUAUGUUGGAUUAUCUGAACUUUUCAGUAGACUUCAGGAUGCCGACAAAAGUGCCAGAUACGCCUCGAAAGCCUACGACCUAUCAAGAUCUUUGCAGCUAGGAGAUUUAAACUCACGACAUCACAGAGCUGCUCUUUUGCAAAUGGCGUCGGCCCUUAGGAAACAAGGCGAACUAGGAGAUGCACACGAUUAUUGUUCGGAAGCAACUAGGUUAGCGCUAGUUUCCGGGGAUCAAGCCACCUAUGCUAGAAGUAUAAGGAUAAUGGGGGACAUCUAUAGGAAAAAGUCUGACAUUAAUAAAGCUUUUCGGCAGUACGAGACCGCAAUGGGUUCGGCGGCGGCGAUGGGCGACAGGGUAAUCCAAAUGGAAUCAAUGGACGGAGCGGCCAGGUGUUUAGAAGCUUUAAGACUACAGCAUAAAAUUUGCAACUGUAGACCACUGGAGUUCAACACGAGACUAUUAGAAGUAGCCAGCUCUGUCGGUGCCAAGCUUCUAGUGCGAACAGUUAGAAUUCGCCUGUCCCGCAUAUACCACUCCCUAGGAGACGAAGACCAAAAACUACACCACGAAAGAGUAGCCCUUAGACUGCAACAGGACCUAGACCUGCAGUGUGCUGGAUGUGGAUCCCCUUAUGGGCUCGAAAACGACUCCUUAGAAGCAUUGCCAUGCGCACAUAUCCUUCAUGCAAGAUGUGCCUAUGAUCUAUUUAGAAGAAGUAAAAAGAAAAAACGUUCGUGUCCCGAAUGUGACCGUACCAGUUCUAGGUUGUAUCUCAACUGCACUGACUAUAAUACGACAUACAGCCCAGUUCCUCUGUCGGUUUGUUCUUCCGACAGCCACUGCACGUCACACCAAGCUACCAGCUCAGUAUAA